AUGUCUGUUGAACGUCGCAUUAGAGGGUUCAAGCUGCGACAGAAGAGCCUGCUGACGUCAUUCAACGCGAUCAAGCAAUUCGUAGAUGAGUACGAUGAUGACGACAGUGAUGCAAAUGAAGUUCCUGUGCGCCUGGAGAGCCUGAUUAAGCUCUGGGCAGAUUUAAAUGCGAUCCAGAUGGAACUGGAGUCCAUCGACGAAGGAAAUCUGGACGAGCAACUGAAGCAGCGGACCGAGUAUGAAUCGGCAUACUAUCGGGUCAAAGGGUUUCUGCUGGCCAAGAAUAAAGGUUUUAACCCGAACGUCACUAAUACUCUCUCAACCAGUCGUAGUCCUCCGUCGGCAUCGCAGCAGUCAUAUGUUGAUGCAUUGUUCGAGUUCCCUUCGAUAAAAAGAGAGUCUGCUGCGGAGUUGCAUUCGCUGGUGGAGAAAUUUGAGGCCAACGUCAAGGUCCUUCAGCAGUUAGGGGAGAAGGUCCAAUUCUGGGACAUUCUAUUGAUUCGGAUGCUGAGUAUUCGCCUCGACCCGACGACGAGAAGGGACUGGGAGGAAUUUUCGACUGCGAAGGAGGCCAUUUCUUUCAAGGACCUGACGUCAUUCAUCCAGCGCAGGGUCACCGUGCUGCAGAAUAUCCAGAGCACUACGGUAGAUGUUCCUGUUUCCGGCCAAGUGAAAAAGCCAUCUCAACGACCAGUCGCUAGUCACAAUGCAGCCCCGUUCAACGCAAGGAGGUGCAUCAUCUGCAACGAUCAUCAUCCCCUUUAUCAAUGCGCUACGUUUUCCAAGAUGGGUUCAGAAGACAAGGAGAAGGAAGUUCGUCGCAAUCAUCUCUGUCGGAACUGCUUACGGAAGGGUCAUCAAGCGAAGGACUGUUCGUCAACGAGUACCUGCCGCAAGUGUCGGGGCAAGCAUCAUACUCAGCUUUGUUCCAGUCAACAACCAACCAGCUCAGGUCAGAAGACAACCAACUACACAGAUAAAAGGUCUAUGCCUGCUGCAUCUACCAGCAAUCCACUCACUGCAUCUGUGUCAGCCACCAUCGAGCCUGCCAGCUUCGCUUCCGUUAGUCAAGGACGGAAGGCAAUUCUACUUGCUACUGCUGUAGUCAUCGUUGUCGACGACAGUGGAAGAGAGCACACAGCACGUGCGCUGCUAGAUUCCGGUAGCGAAUGUUUCGUUACCGAAUCAUUCUCCCAGCAAAUCAAAGCGCAACGGAAGAAGGUCCAUCUUCCGAUUGUUGGCAUCGGUCAGUCGUCGACGCAUGCUAGGCACAAAUUGUCAACCACAAUUUGCUCUCGCACAGGAAGGUAUUCGACUAGCUUGGAAUUUCUAGUUCUUCCCAAAAUUACCAUCGAUCUGCCGUCGACUUCUGUUGAUACUUCGGCCUGGGAGAUUCCGCCGAGUAUACAGCUAGCUGAUCCGUCAUUCUGCAGCACCAACCCAAUCGAUCUCAUCUUGGGAGCAGAAAUUUUCUUCGACUUGUUCAAGGUCUCUGGUCGAAUUCCGCUUGGCGAUAACCUUCCGGUACUCGCGAACUCCGUUCUUGGCUGGGUAGUGUCGGGAAGGUCUUCUCAUGGUCAACUGAUUGCUCCAAUCAUCGCAAAUGUCGCCACCGUCAACGACGUGCACCGUCUAAUGGAAAGGUUUUGGUCCAUCGAGGAAGACAACGCCUCUCCGUGCUAUUCCGUCGAAGAAGCGGCCUGCGAGGAACACUUCCGUCGCACGGUAACCCGCAACACCGAAGGUCGAUACAUAGUUCGACUGCCACUGAAGCAGGAUGUGUUGUCUAGCCUCGUCUACAACCGUCGUACCGCUCUACGUCGUUUUCACCAGCUAGAAGGUCGUCUAGUCCGCAAUCCCAACCUGCAUCAACAGUAUCGAGUCUUUGUCGAGGAAUAUCACGCGCUAGGGCACAUGCAGCGCGUAACGGACUACGAAAAUCCUCCGACUCCAUGCUACCAUCUUCCGCAUCACGCUGUAGUGCGCGAAGAUAGCACGACGACCAAACUGAGGGUAGUUUUUGACGCGUCGUGCAAAACCCCCAACGGACCAUCGCUGAACGACGCGCUUCUGGUUGGACCAACCGUGCAAGAAGACCUGCGAUCAAUUAUAAUGCGAGCCCGAACACACCCAGUCAUGCUGAUCGCUGACAUCAAGCAGAUGUACCGCCAAGUCCUGGUAGACGAGCAGGACACUCCACUGCAGCGAAUUGUUUGGCGAGUUUCCCCCGACACUUCGAUGGAAACUUUUGAACUAAAGACCGUAACAUACGGCACAGCCAGCGCACCGUACCUUGCAACGAGAGUUCUCCAGCAACUAGCCGACGACGAGCGCGACGAGUACCCCGAAGCAGCUGAAGUUCUACGAAAGGAUUUCUACGUCGGCGAUCUGUUUUGUGGUGGACGCAACAUAGCAGAAACAACCGCUUUACGCAAGCAGCUCGACGCGCUGUUAAUCAAGGGCGGUUUCGAACUCCGCAAAUGA